GUAAAACAGAAAUUCCCUUUUAAAGUUCCUUUCUUCCUCCCCUCUAUCUCGUCAGCAAUUUACGAUCACCGAAACCUCGAGAUUCUCAGACUCUCUCAGACUCUCUCUCUGUUAUUUUUUAUUUUAUUUUAUUUUUUCAGAAGCAAAUUUCACAUGCACUCAAAUAUUCCAGGGAUAUAGGUCUCACAAGAGAGCUCAAUAGAAAAUAUGGAUGAUUGUCUUGAAAAUGAUGAUUCCAUGUUGACCAGAGAACCAGACAUUAAAUAUGCAGUUGAUAACGUUGAAGUCGUUCAUGGUUACGUGGAUGAAAAAGGCUUUGAUAGAAGGGAUGAUUCCAAUGAGGAUCUCAACCAGCAUGAGCAACAGAUUUCUCACUCACUAGAUGCAGACUUCAGAGAUCAAAUUUCAGAAUCUCCAGAAAAAUCUUAUCACGUGCCCAUUGAAUCUGAUCAUGACAAUGCCAUAGAAACAAAAUCUGACCUUCAAGAGAGGACUCAGUCCACAUACAAUGAUAGUAAUCAUUACCAAGGUGAGAUGGAUGAGUUGCAUGGCAGUAAUUUUUUUAAAACCUCCUCUCAAUCUAAGUCGCAAACUUUCGAUAAUGAAAUGGGAACUGAAGAUUCUCCUAAUUCACAGGAGUCUCCUCUGACAGAAAAUAGGGACCAGGGAGCCGGAGAUUCUGACUUGGUUAGGUCACCUCGUACUGGAAGAGCAAGGAAUAUCAGCUCAGAGAAGUUACAAGAUGAUUCAAUUACGUCUUCCAUUCAUGAAAUAGAAAAGGAAGCUACUGAUAUACAAACAUGGCAGUCAUUAUCUUCUCCUAAAUCCCACUGGUUAAAUAAUGAACCUAACGAAGAUGACUCCUCGGGUGAGAACAGAAUACGAGGAGUACCCCAGUCUGACCUUCAAUUUCUUGGAAGAUCAGCCGGAGGAUCAAUUUCUCCUGUGACUAGGAGACAAAUGUCAAUUUCAACUGAAGGGUCUCCUUUGCCACUUCACUCUCUCCAUGACCGUAAGCAUAUAUCUUCUCAGCAAGGUUCUCCAGACCCAUCAUAUGAACCUCAAUCUCAUAGACAGAGAAUUUCUUCACCUCAAAGGUCUGACAUGCAUACAGGAGUUUUCCCUGGUCAUUUAUCUCCUGUGAGGCAAACCUCUGUUUCUAGACAUGACAUUCGGCAAACCUCUGUUUCUAGACAUGACAUUCGGCAAGAGCCCCUGCAAGACAGUUUUGCAGUGAAGCACAUAUCUGCAUCCCUAAAGUCCCAUCACUCGCAUCCAAAGUAUCGGAAAAGGGACAGAUCAGAGUCACGAUCACCCACUCAGCAUAGAGAUUCACCCACUCGGCGUAGAGAUUCACCCACUAGGCAGAGAGGUUCACCGUCUCGGCACAGAGGUUCUCCUACUGGUCAUAGAGAUUCACGAAUACGGCAUAGAGAUUCAACCACUCGGCAUAGAGAUUCUUAUGCCUACCAGAGAGAUUAUCGUGAUAGAUUUCGAUCAAGGUCCCCAUAUUCAAAAUCCCAUCAUAGAUCAAGGUCCCCUUAUUCAAGAGCCCAUUAUAGAUCAAGAUCCCCUUAUUCAAGAGACCAUCAUAGAUCGACAAGGCGAAGGCAAUCUCCAAGGCGCAGGUCCCCUUUUCCUGAAUAUCAUAAUUAUCAUCGCCGGUCUCCUAGAAGGACACCUUGGUCACCACCUCCUAAUAGGAAAACUGGAUUAGGGAGACCUGGUAGAAAUUUAUUUGUUGCAGGUUUCAGCUUCUUAACUACAGAGAGAGAUUUGGAAAGGAAGUUCUCUAGGUUUGGCCGAGUACAAGAUGUUCGUAUUGUUAGAGACAAGAGGUCCGGAGAUUCACGUGGAUUUGGGUUUUUGACCUUGGAAAGUGAUGAAGACGCUGAUGCGGCAAUCAGGGCUCUAGAUGAGACUGAGUGGAAUGGUCGGAUUAUUCUCGUGGAAAAAUCGAAAAGUUGACGAACCAUGCAUUCGCAACCUUACCAUAGCUACAUAUUGGAACCUUUUUCGGUUGGUUAAUUUUGUAAUUUACUGAAGUUGAUACUGUCCACCAGAAUCACAGUAAUCACCUAUAGCGCAUAUAAAGUAGACAAGUAUAAUCUAGAAAAGUUUUUCCUUU